CUCAUCUGCUCAUUCAUUCGUUUCAACCACCGAGGCUAGCUGGAACUGCGAAGAGGCGUCUCUCUCUCUCUCUCUCUCAGUAGACGCUCUCGCCGCGCGGCGCGGAGACCUCAUCCGUCCAUAGCAGCAACCGCCGAUCGUCGCCGAUGCAGUUUGCCGUGGAGUUCGACGCCCCGAUCGGCGGCGACAUCAAGCCUUCCUCAGGCAGCAGGUUCAUGGCCUACUCCCUGUCUCCAUCCACCUCGCCUCACGUCUCCGGCCUCCGCUCCUCGUCAUCAGCUCUCGCCGAGCAGGAGAAGUAUCUAAAUGAAUUGCUUGCGGAGCAUCAAAAGUUCAGCUUGUUUAGGCCUGUGCUGCCACACUGCGCUCGUUUCUUAAACCAAGAAAUUUUGCGUGUAACUACACUGUUGGGGAAUGCGUCAGUUUUAGGUCAAAGUGGACUUGACCAUGCUAACCCCUUGGCUUCUGGAGGAAUAUUUUCAAAUGGAGGAGCUGAUCUGAAUGGAUGGGCACCAAGGUUUCCGUCAGAAAUGCCGAGUUUGAUACCGCCAUCAUCAGCACAGAAUUGGCCUAGUCCUCAGGGAAGCUCAUCCGGAAUUAUUGUGAAGAAAAAAAUAAGAUUAGAUAUUCCUGUGGACAAAUAUCCUAAUUUCAACUUUGUUGGCCGCCUGCUUGGUCCCAGGGGAAACUCUCUUAAGCGAGUGGAAGCAAGUACUGAUUGUCGUAUUUUGAUUAGGGGAUGUGGUAGCAUUAAAGAUCCUACUAAGGAAGAAAUUAUGCGAGGCAAACCAGGAUAUGAGCAUCUGAAUGAGCCACUGCAUAUCUUGUUGGAGGCUGAAUUACCAGUUGAGAUCAUCGAUGCCCGUUUGAUUCAAGCACGCGAUGUACUCCUGGACCUGCUGACACCAGUGGACGAGUCCCAAGAUUUUUACAAGAAACAGCAGCUCCGGGAACUUGCAAUGCUUAACGGCACACUUCGUGAGGAAGGCUCUCCUAUGUCUGGUUCUGUUUCUCCGUAUCAGAACAGCCUUGGUAUGAAAAGGGCCAAAACCCGUGGUUAAUCGGCUUAUGUCUUCCUCUUUGCUCUCAGAGAUGAGUUCCCCACAGUAAAAGGCAGUCGCCAGUUCCUUUCGCCAUAUGAUAGCCACUGUCCCCACCAGAUGCCUCUCCAAUUUCGCAUGGGGUCUGAUGCUCUGCUACCUGCCCCAUUUUAAGCUCUAUCUAUUAAUUAUAGCUAUAAGGAGUGUGUUCCAAUUUGUUGGCGAUGGUCAAUGGUUAAUGGCAGUAUGGUCAUUUAGUCAAGGUCUGAUUUGACGGUUUUGCUGUGAAUGCAGCUUCGGCUUCUCGCUCAGACUACUCUCUACUCUCAUCUCUCUUCCCCCAAAAUUGUGCUUGUAUUAUUCAGCUUGUCUUGUCUUGUAGGAGCUUGUGAUGACAGUUUUGCUGUUGCAAUUUUCAGCUAGAAAAUUGACGGUAUAUAUGGCUUGCACAUGUAGUCGUAGUAUUAGUAGUCGUCGUAGCUUAAGCAAAUCGAAUUUAUUAUUAUACCUGGCAGUGUCUGUAUUUGAGUUUGUCCUGGUAUUCCAUUUGUACUGUGGCGUAGAUACAUGAUUUAUAUUUGUUAUUUAAGGCAAUUCUUUGUUGUCA